CAAAUACUUUGGUACAGUCCCCGUGCGCGCGAAGAUUAAGUAACUUCAAUGGCGUCCAAAGCAGGUCGUCGCGGGACGAAACGCAAAGCGGAGGUUGAGGCCGAAGAGGAGAAACCAUCCGUGGGGGAGAAAAGGGACAGAGGAGAGGGGGAGAAGGGCCAAGGAUGCCAAAGAGUAGUCAUUGAACACUGUAAGAGCUGACGAGUGUAUGGGCGUAAUGCUGAGGAGGUGAAAUCUGCCCUCCUGGUUGCCCAUCCUGAACUGAUUAUGGUCUUCAACCCCGAGAAACCCCGCAGAAACAGCUUUGAGAUCACUCUGCUGGAUGGAGGCAAAGAAACGUGUCUGUGGACUGGAAUAAAGAAGGGUCCGCCUCGUAAGCUCAAGUUCCCUCAACCUGAUGUUGUGGUUGCUGCUCUGCAGGAGGCUCUGAAGGCUGAGUAGACGCCCAGUGAAGUCGAGAUCAACAUUCGUCGCAAUUCUGCGUUGUGAGGCCGUGGACAUCACAAUCCCACCACUCCAACCGCAUCCUCCGUAAAGAAUUAGCAUCCAUCUCUAUUCAUCUUCAUCAUCCUCCUCAUCGUCCACUCGCAAAGUUUCUGACUUCCUCUGCACAUCAACUUAGAAAUGAAUCCGUAAACCCUGACUUUAGUGGCCUCCAGGUUUGCUUUCACACAACAGUGUGCUGCUAUGUGUGAUGUAUUAUUGUUAUAAUAAUAUUGUAACAAUAAUAAUGAACAGCAAAACACUAAAUUUGAUCUGAGCAAUAAAUCUGAAUUGAACACAGCUUAAGUUGUGUGGACCCCUCUAUGAAAUGGAAUUAGCAAGUCUGUAAUUCAAAUAUGGUCCACAGUUUGCUUUCAUAACUGAAUACUAAUGUCUGCACAUGUGGAACAAGGUUUUAAUAAACCAUACAAUUGUAAUCAUGUGUUCUAUACAUGUAUUGGCUGCUGCUGGUUGACACAGUGCUGUAGUACACAGUGGUGUGUUAUAUCUCAGAGUUAAACUAAAUACAUUCUUUGUCUGC